AUGGGUGACUCGCUGGAGGCAACGCUGCCCAGCAUGGGCAGCGAACAGCCACCAUCUGUGGAACCGGAGACUGUGGCCGUCAUAGAUUUCGACAACUUUUCCAACUAUCUCCGAAAGGCUAUCACCGUUUUGCUGCCGGAAGACGAUAUGAAGUCGUUCGGCCCGCUUAACGAGGCCCUCGAAGAUAGCAUGAAUCAGGAGUGCAUUCGAAAAUUCAUUUCUGACCCCCAAACGCAACUACUGUACAUCCAACGGAACUGCUUCAAAGAUGAUGAAAACGAGCCGCCAACCGAAGGUGAAGAAGAAAAGGAUGCCAUUACGUACUAUUUUGGCAAUGACGUUCACUUUACCAACCAACGUAUGGCAUCGCUGGUUUGCCUGAAGCGUGGCUCGUUAGUUGAGGCGGACAAAUCGAUCCACUCGCAAAUGCGCCUUAUCAACUUUUCGGAGGGCUCGCCCUACGAGAUGCUGCACGCUUUCAUCAGCAAAACGAUGGCUCCGUACUUCAAGAGCUACGUGAAGGAGUCGGGCCGCGCGGAUCGCGAUGGCGACAAGAUGGCUCCGUCUGUCGAGAAGAAGCUGGCCGAGCUGGAAAUGGGACUGUUGCAUCUGCAGCAAAACAUCGACAUCCCGGAAGUGACGCUUAACAUCAACAGCACGGUUGCACAGGUCGUUAAAAAGUGUGCCGAUGAACAGCGGAAAGCCAAGAUUACCGAUUUCGGAGACAAGGUGCAAGAUUCGAGCUUUCUGAAUACGCUGCAGGCCGGAGUGAAUCGUUGGAUCAAAGAGAUACAGAAGGUUACCAAACUGGAUCGCGAUCCUUCCUCUGGCACGGCGCUGCAGGAAAUUUCGUUUUGGUUAAACUUGGAACGAGCGCUGCUGCGGAUCCAAGAGAAACGCGAAUCGCCCGAAGUUGCGCUUACGCUUAACAUUCUCAAGCAUGGUAAGCGCUUCCAUGCGACUGUCUCGUUUGACACGGAUACUGGUUUAAAGCAGACGCUGGCGAUGGUUGCCGACUAUAAUCCAUUGAUGAAAGAUUUUCCCAUUAAUGACUUGCUCUCGGCCAUGGAGCUGGAUAAGAUCCGCCAGGCGGUCCAUUCGAUUUUCAACCAUCUGCGCAAGAUCCGUAAUACCAAGUACCCGAUCCAGCGCUGUCUACGCCUGAUCGAAGCGAUUUCGCGUGAUCUAAGCCAACAGCUGCUCAAGGUGCUUGGCACACGGCGCCUGAUGCACAUUCCGUUCGACGAAUUCGAGCGGGUCAUGAACCAGUGUUUCGAGGUGUUCAGCUGCUGGGACGACGAAUACGACAAGCUGCUCGGCACAUUGCGCGAGAUCGUAAAGCGGAAGCGCGACGAGCACAUCAAGAUGGUGUGGCGUAUUUCCCCGGCGCACAAGAUCCUUCAGCAGCGCAUGGAGCAUAUGCGCAAAUUCCGUAGGCAGCACGAGCAGCUGCGUACGGUCAUCGUACGUGUACUGCGCCCAGCGCGCCAAACUUCGGUCAUGUCUGGCGACGGUGGAAAUGGCGAAGGAAAGCAACCCUACAGCCUCGACACUGCCGACGCAAACGCCAUCGAAGAGGUGAACUUGGCGUAUGAAAACGUGAAGGAAAUCGAGUGCUUGGACAUCUCCAAGGAAGGCUCCGAAGCGUGGGACGCAGCGAUCAAGCGCUACGAGGAGCGUAUCGAUCGGGUGGAGGCGCGUAUUACAGCGCAUCUGCGCGAUCAGCUCGGUACGGCGAAGAAUGCGAACGAGAUGUUCCGUAUCUUUUCCCGCUUCAAUGCGCUGUUCGUGCGGCCGCACAUCCGUGGUGCGAUUCGCGAAUACCAAACGCAGCUCAUUCAGCGCGUGAAGGACGAUAUUGAGGCGUUGCAUGAAAAGUUCAAGGUGCAAUAUCCCCAGAGUAAGAGUUGCCGUUUGUCGGUGGUGCGGGAUCUCCCGCCCGUCGCCGGAUCGAUCAUUUGGGCCCGUCAGAUCGACAACCAACUCACGAUGUAUCUGAAGCGCGUCGAGGAUGUGCUGGGUCGUGGUUGGGAAUCGCACAUCGACGGACAAAAGCUUAAGGCGGAUGGAGACAGCUUCCGGGCGAAGCUCUCGACGGCCGAAGUGUUCCAAGAUUGGGCCCGAAAGGUGCAGGAACGUAAUACGGGCAUCACGGGGCGCAUUUUCUCGAUUGAAGCCACUCGCUCCCGUACGGGUCGGGGCAACACGUUGCGCCUACGAGUGAACUUUCUACCGGAGAUCAUUACUCUCUACAAGGAGGUGCGCAAUUUGAAGAGUUUGGGCUUCCGAGUACCACUCGCCAUCGUAAACAAAGCACACCAAGCUAAUCAGCUGUACCCAUUCGCAAUUUCGCUCAUCGAAAGUAUUCGAACGUACGAACGGACGCUGGAAAAGCUAAACAAUAGGACAUUAGCACAAAAUUCUGUAUUUAAGAUCGAAGAUCGUGCAAGCAUCAUACCGCUUGUAGCGGGACUGCGCAAGGAGGUGUUGUCCCUUAUAUCCGAGGGCAUCGCGCUUGUCUGGGAGAGCUACAAACUAGACCCGUACGUGCAGCGUUUGUCGGAAAACGUGGUCUCUUUCCAGGAAAAGGUUGAAGACCUGCUGGUAGUAGAGGAGCAGUUAGACGUGGACGUACGCUCACUGGAGACAUGCCCCUACAGCGCGGCUACCUUUGCGGACAUUCUUUCCAAGAUUCAGCAUGCCGUGGACGAUCUCUCGUUAAAGCAGUACUCAAAUUUGCACGUUUGGGUAGCCCGUUUGGACGAGGAAGUAGAGAAAAAGCUAGCCACUCGCUUGCAGGCGGGUGUUCAAGCGUGGACCGAUGCCCUCACGGGUAAUAAGAAGGAGCUGGAUCUUUCAAUGGACACCGAUGCCCCGACGCAGCCGACGAUUCGUCCAGGUGGCGAUCCGCAGAUCCAGCGUGCUAUUCACGAGAUCCGUAUCACAAACCAGCAGAUGUAUCUGUAUCCAUCGAUCGAGGAGGCGCGGUUCCAAAUCAUGCAGCAAUUGUUUGCCUGGGAGGCUAUUGUGACGUCGCAGACGCGUCUGCAAAGCUCACGUUAUCAGGUCGGACUGGAUAAGCCGGUUUCACAGACGUAUCGAAAUCUCCUCACGAAGCUUCCGAACAAACCGGACCCACUUGAAGGUGCUUAUGCAGCGAUCGAAAAUCAAAUCAGCGAUGUGCGUAAUUACGUUGACGAAUGGUUGCGUUACCAGAGCCUUUGGGAUCUGCAGGCGGAUAUGUUGUACGGACGACUCGGCGAGGACAUUAAUCUGUGGAUCAAGUGUUUGAACGAUAUCAAAAAAUCACGCACGACAUUCGAUACAUCGGAUACACGGCGCGCCUACGGGCCUAUUGUCAUUGAUUAUGCGAAGGUGCAGGCAAAGGUAACACUGAAAUACGAUUCCUGGCAUAAGGAAGCUCUGAGCAAGUUUGGACAGUUGCUCGGCAACGAAAUGACCACGUUCCACACGAAGGUAUCCAAGAGCCGCAGCGAUUUGGAGCAGCAAAGCAUCGAGGCGGCCAGUACCUCGGACGCAGUGUGCUUCAUUACGUACGUGCAAUCGCUCAAGAAGGAGAUGCUCGUUUGGGACAAGCAGGUCGACGUGUACCGUGAGGCACAGCGCAUCCUUGAGCGUCAGCGUUUCCAGUUCCCGAACAACUGGCUGCAUGUGGACAACAUCGAAGGCGAGUGGUCUGCGUUCAAUGAAAUCAUGAAGCGCAAGGACUCGGCCAUUCAAACACAGGUAGCAAGUCUGCAGACGAAGAUCGUGGCCGAAGACAAGGCCGUCGAAACUCGUACUGUAGACUUCCUGAACGAUUGGGAAAAGAACAAACCAACUGGUGGACGUACGCGUCCCGACGAUGCUCUACAGCAGUUGCACAUCUUCGAGACAAAGUUCUCACGGCUGAAGGAAGAGCGCGAUAACGUGGCGAAAGCUAAGGAAGCGCUUGAGCUCCAGGAAUCUGCCAUUCCGAACAACAGCACCGAGCGCAUGUGUGUAGUGCUGGAGGAACUGCAGGAUCUUCGCGGUGUCUGGAGCGAAUUAUCGAAGGUGUGGGCGCAGAUCGACGAGACGCGCGAGAAGCCUUGGCUAUCGGUGCAACCGAGAAAGCUGCGUCAGUCACUGGAAGCGAUGAUGAACCAGCUGAAGGAGCUGCCGGCUCGUUUGCGUAUGUACGAAAGCUACGAGUACGUGAAGAAAUUGCUCCAGAGCUACAUCAAGGUGAACAUGAUGAUCGUAGAGUUGAAAUCGGAUGCGCUGAAGGAGCGUCACUGGAAGCAGCUGACGAAGCAACUGCGCGUUAGCUGGGUGUUGUCUGAUCUGAUGCUCGGUCAAGUUUGGGACGUAAAUCUUUUGAAGAACGAAUCGGUCGUGAAGGACAUCAUCCUCGUGGCGCAAGGCGAAAUGGCACUCGAGGAGUUCUUGAAGCAAGUGCGCGAAAGCUGGCAAAACUAUGAGCUGGAUUUGAUCAACUACCAGAACAAGUGUCGCAUCAUUCGCGGCUGGGACGAUCUGUUCAACAAGGUGAAGGAACACAUUAACUCCGUUGCUGCAAUGAAGCUGUCGCCCUACUACAAGGUGUUCGAGGAAGAGGCGCUCACUUGGGAGGAGAAGCUGAACCGUAUCAAUUCGCUGUUCGACGUGUGGAUUGAUGUUCAGCGCCGUUGGGUCUACUUGGAGGGUAUCUUCUCCGGCAGUGCUGAUAUCAAGACGCUGCUGCCAGUGGAGACGUCGCGAUUCCAGAGCAUCAGCUCAGAGUUUUUGGGUCUCAUGAAAAAGGUCGCUAAAUCCCCCAAGGUGAUGGACGUUCUGAACAUACCGGCUGUGCAGCGUUCGCUAGAGCGGCUGGCGGACCUGCUCGGAAAAAUCCAGAAGGCUCUCGGUGAAUAUCUCGAGCGUGAGCGUACCUCGUUCCCACGAUUCUACUUCGUGGGUGAUGAAGACUUGUUGGAGAUUAUCGGUAACAGCAAAAAUGUUGCCCGACUGCAGAAACACUUCAAAAAAAUGUUUGCUGGCGUUGCAUCGAUUCUGCUGAACGAAGACAACACGGUCAUCCUCGGCAUAGCGUCUCGCGAAGGCGAAGAGGUGCGCUUUAUCAAACCAGUCUCGACGGUCGAGCAUCCGAAGAUCAACGAGUGGUUGUCGCUUGUGGAGAAAGAGAUGCGCUUCACACUGGCCUCCUAUCUGGCCCAAGCCGUGCAAGACAUCAAGCAAUUCAAAGACAUGAUCGACACGCAGAAGUACAUGGAAUGGUGCGACAAGUACCAAGCGCAAAUCGUUGUCCUCGCGGCUCAAAUCCUGUGGUCAGAGGACGUAGAGAAUGCACUGCAACAAACCUCUGAAGGUGUGGGCGGAAACGGCAAUGGAAAGGAUAAAACGCCACUGCAUCGUGUCUUGGCGACUGUGGAGGCCACGUUGAAUGUGCUUGCCGAUUCGGUGCUCCAAGAACAGCCACCAUUGAGACGCAAAAAACUUGAGCACUUGAUCAACGAGUUCGUGCACAAGCGUACGGUCACGCGUCGCCUGAUCUCACAUGGUGUCAGCAAUCCGAAAUCGUUCCACUGGUUGUGCGAAAUGCGCUUCUACUUCGAUCCACGCCAGACGGAAGUGCUGCAGCAGUUGACGAUCCACAUGGCAAACGCUCGCUUCUACUAUGGCUUCGAAUAUCUCGGCGUACAGGACCGACUGGUGCAGACGCCGCUUACCGAUCGCUGCUAUCUGACGAUGACACAGGCACUGGAGGCACGGCUCGGCGGAUCACCGUUCGGACCGGCCGGUACCGGAAAAACGGAAUCGGUGAAGGCGCUCGGUAAUCAGCUGGGUCGCUUCGUGCUCGUGUUCAACUGCGACGAAACAUUCGACUUCCAGGCGAUGGGCCGCAUCUUUGUGGGCUUGUGUCAAGUCGGUGCCUGGGGCUGCUUCGAUGAGUUCAACCGACUCGAGGAACGCAUGCUGUCGGCUGUUUCCCAGCAGAUCCAGACCAUCCAGGAGGCGUUGAAAUCGCAGCAGGACGCUAAUCGAGAUGCGCAGAGCAUUACUGUCGAGCUGGUCGGAAAACAGGUGCGCGUGUCCACUGAUAUGGCUAUCUUUAUCACGAUGAACCCGGGCUACGCGGGCCGUUCGAAUUUACCGGACAAUUUGAAGAAGCUGUUCCGCUCGCUGGCUAUGACCACUCCCGAUCGCCAGCUGAUCGCCGAAGUGAUGCUGUUUAGCCAAGGUUUCCGUACCGCGGAAAAGCUCGCUUGCAAGAUCGUACCGUUCUUCAAGCUGUGCGACGAGCAGCUGUCCAAUCAGUCUCACUACGAUUUCGGAUUACGUGCGCUUAAGUCGGUACUCGUGUCCGCUGGUAACGUGAAGCGCGAUCGUAUCAUGAAAAUUAAGGACACCAAGAAACAGCAAGGUGAAGAAAACAUCGAUGAGGCAGCGAUCGCCGAAAAUCUGCCCGAGCAGGAAAUUCUCAUCCAGUCGGUCUGUGAAACGAUGGUACCGAAACUGGUGGCGGAGGACAUUCCGCUGCUGUUCUCGUUGCUCAGCGAUGUUUUCCCGAACGUGGGCUACACACGUGCCGAGAUGAAGGGAUUGAAGGACGAAAUCCGCAAGGUGUGCUCCGAGGAAUACCUUGUGUGUGGCGAAGGAGAUGAACAGGGAGGAGCUUGGAUGGAAAAGGGAUUUGGCGAAACAUGGGUUGACAAAGUCCUGCAAUUGUAUCAAAUUUCGAACCUAAACCACGGCCUGAUGAUGGUUGGUCCGUCUGGAUCUGGUAAGUCCUCCGCGUGGAAGGUGUUGCUGAAGGCGUUAGAACGCUUCGAAGGCAUCGAAGGCGUAGCGCACGUGAUCGAUCCAAAGGCAAUCUCGAAGGAAGCACUGUACGGUGUGCUCGAUCCAAACACGCGCGAAUGGACCGAUGGACUGUUCACGCAUAUUCUGCGUAAAAUCAUCGACAAUGUGCGUGGCGAGAUCAACAAACGCCAAUGGAUCAUCUUCGACGGUGAUGUCGAUCCAGAAUGGGUGGAAAAUCUCAACUCCGUGCUGGACGACAACAAGCUGCUGACUCUGCCGAAUGGCGAGCGUUUGUCACUACCCCCCAAUGUGCGCAUUAUGUUCGAGGUGCAGGACCUGAAGUACGCCACGCUUGCUACCGUGUCACGUUGCGGCAUGGUGUGGUUCUCUGAGGACGUCCUCUCGACGGAGAUGAUCUUCGAGAAUUACAUGUCUCGAUUGCGCCACAUCCCGCUGGAAGACGGUGAGGAGGAAAGCUUCAGUGGACAGGCAAAGAGCGGUUCUGAGAAGGAGGACGAAGUGACUCCUGCCCUUCAAACGCAGCGUGAAAUUGCCGCCUUGCUGCAGCCGUACUUCAGCUCGGAUGGAUUGGUCGUACGCUGUCUCGAGUAUGCCAUGGGUCAGGAGCACAUCAUGGACUUUACGCGCUUACGCGCACUCAGCUCGCUGUUUUCGAUGUUGAACCAAGGUGCCCGAAACGUGCUCACAUUCAACCAACAGCAUCCUGAUUUCCCGGUGCCACCGGAGCAGCUUGAGCAGUACAUUCCGAAGCUGUUAAUCUACUCGAUGCUGUGGUCCUUCGCGGGUGACUCGAAGCUUAAGGUGCGCUCGGAUUUGGGCGACUUCUUGCGCAGUAUUACGACGGUGGCGUUGCCGGCACAAGGAGCCAACCCCAUCAUCGACUACGAGGUGAACAUCCAGGGUGAUUGGGUACCGUGGUCGAACAAGGUGCCGGUGAUCGAAAUCGAAACACACAAGGUAGCAGCUCCAGAUGUGGUCGUACCGACGUUGGAUACGGUGCGUCACGAAUCGCUCCUGUACACAUGGCUGGCCGAGCAUAAGCCGCUGGUAUUGUGUGGUCCGCCAGGUUCCGGUAAAACAAUGACACUCUUCUCAGCCUUACGCGCUCUACCCGACAUGGAAGUGGUUGGGUUGAACUUUUCGUCCGCAACCACGCCAGAGCUGCUGCUGAAAACAUUCGAUCAUUAUUGUGAGUAUCGCAAGACCCCGAACGGAGUUGUGCUGGCUCCCGUACAGCUCGGCAAGUGGCUGGUGUUGUUCUGCGAUGAAAUCAACUUGCCCGACAUGGACCUGUACGGUACGCAGCGCGUAAUUUCAUUCCUGCGCCAGCUGGUCGAGCACAAAGGUUUCUAUCGCGCGGCAGACCAGUCUUGGGUAUCACUGGAACGCAUCCAGUUCGUCGGUGCUUGCAACCCACCGACCGAUCCCGGUCGCAAACCGCUCAGUCAUCGGUUCCUGCGACACGUGCCGAUCAUCUACGUCGACUAUCCGGGAGAGACGUCGCUCAAACAAAUCUACGGCACGUUCAGCCGAGCGAUGUUGCGUCUGAUGCCGAAUCUACGCGGGUACGCCGAACCGCUCACAAAUGCGAUGGUCGAAUUUUAUCUCGCAUCACAGGAUCGUUUCACGCAGGACAUGCAACCACACUACGUGUACUCGCCGCGUGAGAUGACCCGUUGGGUGCGUGGUAUUUGCGAGGCUAUUCGCCCGUUGGACAACCUGCCAGUCGAGGGGCUGGUGAGACUAUGGGCGCACGAAGCUCUUCGCUUGUUCCAGGACCGACUGGUGGAGGAAUCUGAGCGUCGCUGGACGAACGAAAAUAUCGAUCUAGUUGCGACGAAGCACUUCCCGAGUGUCGAUCGCGAUAAGGCUCUUGUGCGUCCGAUUUUGUACAGCAACUGGUUGUCCAAGGACUACAUGCCUGUCAACAGGGACGAACUGCGUGACUACGUUAAGGCCCGAUUGAAGGUCUUUUACGAGGAAGAGCUCGAUGUGCCGCUCGUCCUGUUCGACGAGGUGCUGGAGCACGUGCUUCGUAUCGAUCGUAUUUUCCGCCAGCCGCAAGGACAUCUGUUGCUGAUCGGUGUAUCCGGUGCGGGCAAAACCACUCUAUCCCGCUUCGUGGCAUGGAUGAACGGACUCUCCAUCUUCCAAAUCAAAGUGCACAACAAGUACACCAGUGAGGACUUUGACGAGGAUCUGCGAUGCGUACUGCGACGUUCGGGAUGCAAGGACGAAAAGAUUGCCUUUAUCCUGGACGAGUCGAACGUGUUGGAUUCCGGUUUCCUUGAGCGCAUGAACACGCUACUGGCGAACGGUGAGGUGCCCGGAUUGUUCGAGGGAGACGAGUACACGACGCUCAUGACACAGUGUAAGGAGGGUGCCCAACGAGAAGGCCUGAUGCUUGACUCUAGCGACGAACUGUACAAGUGGUUCACGCAACAGGUCAUGCGCAAUCUGCACGUCGUCUUUACGAUGAAUCCCUCUACUGACGGACUGAAGGAUCGAGCGGCUACAUCGCCCGCCUUGUUCAACCGUUGCGUGCUGAAUUGGUUCGGUGACUGGUCUGACUCGGCCCUAUUCCAGGUUGGUAAGGAGUUCACCAUCCGGGUGGAUCUGGAAAAACCAACCUGGAUGGCACCAGACUUUUUCCCGGCCGUUUGUCCGCUGGUUUCGAACACGCCUUCCCACCGGGAUGCGGUCAUCAACAGCUGCGUGUACGUACACCAGACGCUUCACAAGGCGAACGCCCGGCUUGCAAAGCGUGGCAGUCGCACUAUGGCCAUCACGCCCCGUCACUAUUUGGACUUUAUCCAUCAUUUUGUGAAGUUGUAUUCGGAGAAGCGCAGCGAUCUGGAAGAGCAGCAGCUACAUCUGAACGUUGGUCUAAACAAGAUCGCCGAAACGGUCGAGCAGGUUGAGGAAAUGCAAAAGUCGCUGGCCGUUAAAUCGCAAGAGCUGCAGGCGAAGAAUGAGGCGGCCAAUGCGAAACUGAAGCAAAUGUUCAAGGAUCAGCAGGAGGCGGAAAUCAAGAAGCUGCAAUCGCAAGAAAUCCAACAACAGCUGGCUGAGCAAACGGUGAAGAUCGAGGAAAAGCGCAAGGAUGUGAUGGCUGAUCUAGCGCAGGUCGAACCAGCCGUCAUAGACGCCCAAGCCGCCGUUGGUAACAUCAAAAAGAAGCAGCUGGCUGAGGUGCGCACCAUGGCAAACCCGCCUCUACCGGUCAAGAUGGCCCUCGAGUCAGUGUGUCUGCUUCUCGGCGAGGACGAUCGUGGCGGUGAUUGGAAAGCAAUCCGAGCGAUCAUGGUGAAAGACAGCUUCAUUGCGUCGAUCGUCAAGCUGGACACAUCUCACAUUACCGAUGAGGUACGUGAAAAGAUGAAAUCAAAAUAUCUGAGCAACCCGGACUACAACUUUGAGAAGGUGAACCGUGCCUCUAUGGCCUGCGGUCCCAUGGUAAAAUGGGCCAUCGCCCAGGUUGAGUACGCCGACAUGUUGAAGCGUGUUGAGCCACUUCGCGAAGAGUUGAGCUCACUGGAAAGACAAGCCGAGACAAACAUCAAGCAUGGUAAGGAGGUUAAAGAGCUCAUCGCACAGCUCGAGCAGAGCAUCGCCGCGUACAAAGAGGAGUACGCGCAGCUGAUCUCGCAGGCACAAGCCAUCAAGACGGAUUUGGAGAACGUGCAGGCCAAGGUUGAUCGGUCGAUCGCGCUCUUGAAGAGCUUGGUGAUCGAGCGCGAGCGCUGGGAGGCAACGAGCGAGACGUUCCGUUCGCAGAUGUCCACCAUCGUCGGUGAUGUGCUGCUUUCGGCGGCUUUCAUUGCGUAUGGUGGUUACUUCGAUCAGCACUAUCGCAGCAACCUGUUCUCGACCUGGUGCCAGCAUCUGCAGGCGGCUAACAUUCAGUUCCGGGCGGACAUCGCUCGCACCGAGUAUCUGUCCAAUCCGGACGAACGGCUGCGCUGGCAGGCAAACGCUCUGCCAACGGAUGAUCUUUGCACUGAGAACGCGAUCAUGCUGAAGCGGUUCAACCGCUACCCGUUGAUCAUUGAUCCAUCCGGACAGGCGACGGAGUUCAUUAUGAACGAGUUUAAGGACAAAAAGAUCACCAAGACAAGCUUCCUGGAUGAUUCGUUCCGCAAGAACCUCGAGUCGGCGCUCCGUUUCGGAAAUCCGCUGCUCGUGCAGGAUGUUGAAAAUUACGAUCCAAUUCUAAACCCGGUGCUGAACCGUGAGCUGCGCCGCACGGGCGGUCGUGUCCUGAUAACGCUCGGUGAUCAAGACAUCGAUUUGUCGCCGUCGUUCGUGAUCUUCCUGUCCACGCGCGAUCCGACAGUCGAGUUCCCGCCGGAUAUUUGUUCUCGUGUGACGUUCGUCAACUUCACGGUCACGCGCAGCUCGCUUCAGUCGCAGUGCCUCAACCAGGUGCUGAAGGCCGAGCGGCCUGACAUCGACGAGAAGCGAUCAGAUCUGCUAAAACUGCAGGGCGAGUUCCACCUCCGGUUGCGCCAACUGGAAAAGAGUUUGCUGCAGGCGCUGAACGAUGCCAAGGGUAAAAUUCUGGACGACGACUCUGUCAUCACGACGCUCGAGACGCUGAAGAAAGAGGCAGCCGAUAUCGGGCAGAAGGUGGAGGAAACCGAUAAGGUUAUUGGAGAAAUCGAGACGGUUUCGCAGCAGUAUCUGUCGCUAUCGCAAGCCUGCUCAAACAUUUACUUCACCAUGGACAGCCUGAACCAGGUGCACUUCCUUUAUCAGUACUCGCUGAAAAUGUUCCUGGACAUUUUCAGCACCGUGCUGCACAACAAUCCUAAGCUGGAGGGCAAAACGGACCACACGGCCCGAUUGUUGAUCAUCACGUCGGAUCUGUACCGGGUGUGCUACGAUCGGGUAGCUCGCGGUAUGCUGCAUGCCGACCGGCUUACGUUCGCCAUUCUGCUGUGUCGCAUUCACCUGAAGGGUACAGCCGAGCCAAACCUGGACCAGGAGUUCAAUUUCUUCCUGCGAAACAAGGAAGGUUUGGUGGCGUCCGCAAAUCACGUCGAUGGAGUGAGUGCCGAGCAGCUCGAGUCUGUUACGCGUCUCGCCACACGCCUGUCCAUCUUCCGUAAGCUGCUGGAGAAAAUCAAAUCCAUGCCGGAAUUAACGGCCUGGUUGCAGCAAGGCUCACCGGAACAGAAUGUACCGGUGUUGUGGGACGAAUCACGAGCACUGUCGGCUGUAUCGGCUUCCAUGCACCAGCUGCUGCUAAUUCAGGCGUUCCGACCGGAUCGUGUGAUCGCCGCAGCACAUCUAUUCGUCUCGACGGUGUUGGGCGAAGACUUUAUGCCACAGGCUGAAAAGGAGCUUGACUUUGCUACCUGUGUCGAGAAGGAGCUUAACAGCAACACACCCGCACUUCUCUGCUCGGUUACCGGCUACGAUGCGUCGUCCCGCGUCGACGAUUUGGCGGCAGAAUUGAACAAGCAAAUUUCGAGCAUCGCCAUUGGUUCCGCGGAAGGCUUCAAUCAAGCUGAGCGAGCGAUUAACAUGGCAUGCAAAACGGGUCGCUGGGUGCUGCUGAAGAACGUCCAUCUGGCUCCACAAUGGCUGGUGCAGUUGGAGAAGAAGCUGCACUCACUGCAACCGCACUCCGGUUUCAGGCUCUUCCUUACGAUGGAGAUCAACCCGAAGGUACCGGUAAAUCUGCUCCGUGCAGGACGCAUCUUUGUGUACGAGCCUCCGCCAGGCAUCCGGGCUAACCUGCUACGCACGUUCUCGACGGUUCCGGCAGCGCGCAUGAUGAAGCAACCAGGUGAACGCGCUAGAUUGUACUUCCUGCUUUCGUGGUUCCACGCGAUCGUACAGGAGCGCUUGCGGUACGUGCCGCUUGGUUGGGCCAAAAAGUACGAGUUCAACGAGUCGGAUCUGCGCGUUGCCUGUGACACGCUCGACACCUGGAUCGAUGCGACCGCGAUGGGCCGCACUAAUCUUCCACCGGAGAAGGUUCCGUGGGACGCACUGGUGACGCUCCUAUCGCAGAGCAUCUAUGGCGGUAAGAUCGACAACGAUUUUGACCAGCGUCUGCUGGCCUCCUUCCUGUCGAAAUUGUUUACGGCCCACAGCUUCGAGGCCGAAUUUGCGCUCGUCGCCAACGUGGACGGUGUGGCGGGUGGUCCGAACGGUCAGCGGCACAUCACCAUGCCCGACGGUACACGCCGUGAUCACUUCCUUAAGUGGAUCGAAGCACUCGCCGAUCGGCAGACACCAUCUUGGCUUGGUCUGCCGAACAACGCGGAGAAGGUGCUGCUCACCACUCGCGGUACAGAUCUGAUCAGCAAGCUGCUGAAAAUGCAGCAGCUCGAAGACGACGACGAGCUGGCGUACAGCAACGACGAGAGCCUUGACACGAUGCAAACGCGCCAGGAGGAUGGCCGUCCAUCGUGGAUGAAAACGCUGCACAACAGCGCCCUCACUUGGCUUGAACUGUUGCCCAAGAGCCUCGCCACGCUGAAGCGCACGGUGGAGAACAUCAAGGAUCCGCUGUAUCGGUACUUUGAGCGAGAAGUGUCGAGCGGUGCCAAACUGCUCCAGACCGUGGUCAGUGACCUGCAGGACGUGGUGUUCAUCUGCCAGGGUGAGAAGAAGCAAACCAACUACCAUCGGACGAUGCUGAGCGAGUUGGUACGCGGAAUUUUGCCAGCAGGCUGGCGCCGGUACACGGUUCCCGCCGGGUGCACCGUCAUCCAGUGGAUCACGGACUUUAGCCAGCGUGUGCAGCAGCUGCAGAAGGUGUCCUCGUUGGUAUCGCAGGCCGGAGCCAAGGAGUUGCAGAGCUUCCCCGUAUGGUUGGGCGGCCUGUUCAAUCCGGAAGCGUACAUUACGGCAACGCGACAGUGCGUGGCACAGGCGAACAGUUGGUCGCUGGAGGAGUUGAUGCUCACCGUCACGAUCACCGAAAGCGGUUCCGAUGGUUUCGACAAUCUGAAGGACAGCAGCUUCGGCAUAUCCGGACUAAAGCUGCAAGGAGCACAGUGCAAGAACAAUCAGCUGCUGCUGACGUCCGCCAUCAUGACGGAGCUACCGCUGACAUUGCUCAAGUGGACGCGCAUCGAUUCAGAUGCAUCCCGAGGUACCAAGCUGACCCUGCCGGUUUAUCUGAACUCGACCAGAGUAGAGCUGUUGUUCACGGUCGACAUGACGGUCGCGCCUGGUCAGGAUCCACACAGCUUCUACGAACGCGGCGUUGCCGUGCUGGCGUCUACUGCGUUAAACUAAUUUUCUACACGGAGUAGUUCCGGUGGAAGGGAACACCACUCCUAACGUAUAGCUAACAUGCCUGUUAUCUCUAAAACUAAAUGGUGCAAAGGUUAUUGGGAAUCAUGCUAUUUAUCUUCAUCUUUUCGGCUACUUAUAAUAAUCAUCUUGUAUGCAGCAUCAAAGUAUAUCAUUAUCGCGCUAUAGUGAAUUGCUCGUUCCAAGAACAGAGCCCACGCAAUCGUUUGCUUACAUAAAUUUACACAUACUCAAUACAAAUAUA